UUUUAAAGCGUAUACGGAGUUAGGCGGAGAUGGUGACGUGGAUCACGUGGGUACACAUCAGAGAAGGAGAGAGAGUGUGAGACAAAAACUUGUCAAAAUGCCAAAGAAAGGGAAGAAAGGAACAGAGCAACGCGUCAAAGGAAACGUACAGGCUGCCAGUAGUGGUCGCAUGAGUGAGUUAUUGAAAGGCGAAGGUUUCAUUGGAUUCGAGACACUUUCUGCCAGCCUGAGCGAUGGCAGUGUUGGUUUGGAUGAGUCUUUGUUACGCGUUCACUCGCAAUUUCAAGUAGUUUUAAAACAAAUGGGAAAGAAAGAUACAGUAACCAAAAUAAAAGCCCUACAGGAGUAUAUUUCACUUUGUGAACAGGAACCUGUGGAGGGGGUCACUUCCAGCCUCCAAUUGUGGCCACUGAUGUAUGCAAAAUUAUCAACAGACACCGAUCGAAAAAUACGAGAAUUAUCUCAUGUAGCCCUUGGUAGGUGUGGCUCUAAAGUUGGGCGUGGCCUCGCACCUCACGUCCGUUCUUUGAUUGGUCCGUUAGUGACUGGGGCGUGUGACCCUUAUCCUCCUAGCUCAGGAGCUGCUAGGGAGGCAUUCUCUGCUUGUUUUCCACCUGCUAAAGAAACUGAUGUCAUUAAGUUUGGACUGAAAGCAAUCGUGAAUUACUGUAGUGAUAUUAUCUUAAAAGAAUCUCCAGACACUUUCUCAGACCCAAAGACGAUGCCCGAGGACGAGAGGGUACAACGGUACGAGCGGACGGUGGUAAUGGCAAUCGGUGGUUACGGGUACGCACUGGAGAAGCUCGGGAAGACAGUGGAGGAGGAAGGGCUGGUGGAGAUAUGGAAAGGAUUAGUAAUGGAGAAGAGACUGUGGAAACUGUUGAAGCAUUCGAACCAUUCAAUACGGAAUGCAGUUAUUAUUCUAAUUAAAGCCCUGAUAAGCUCAACCCAGUACGUGAAUCAGCACCCGGACACAUUCUGCCCUCUCCUCCUCUCUCAACUAUCAGAGCCUCAUUCCUCAGUAGUGCAGUCUUUAUGGGAAACAUCACUCCUACUGAUAUCCACUGUUGAUGGUUGGCAUCAACAUGUGAACAUUCAGAAAGCUCUCCUUCCGGGGGUGUGGCAGUUGCUAGGCAACGGUGGCCAUGGUAACGGGAGCAUCAUCUACCCAUGCCUCCUUCCCCUGCUGAGCCAAUUACUAAAAGUACCUGACUGUGAUACUACUGGAUUAUCAAUUAAUUUUAUUACAAGAUUAAAGUCAGGUUUAUCAUCAGAGGUGUCAAAAGGCUCUUCAUCAGACACUAAUAGUCUGAUAAUGUCCCUCAUUGAAUGCUCCUCCUACUGUAUGGACACUAAUGAUGGAGGAGAUACCACUGGGGUAACCCCUUUCAUUAGCCACCUAAUUAAUAUUAUUAUUGAAUUAAUUGAUGAUCUGUUUCUCGUACCAGCUGUACAGUUGGAGGGAGUGUCCAAUUGUAUCGUUUGGUUGAUCAACCUGCUCGUUAAGAGAUCAGUGAGAUAUCAGUCAGAUAUGACGCACCUUGAUCAACUGAGAUCAGAGUUAACGCAUCGCCUGUGUCAGAGAUUAAUAAUCAAUGAUACUGUAAAGCAAAGUCUAAACUCUAUCUCUACCUUACUGGUCAAAUUUUACCCGCAACCCACUUUAGCCACGCCUACUUUAGCCACGCCUACUUCUUCUCUCACCCUCGUCUCUCCCUCCACCUCCCAGUACAUGUUACCGUUAACAUGUGAACUAAUAUCGGAUUGUCUCACCAGAUACUCAAAUUCUCUCUCUCACAUUAAACUAGCUUCGUCUCUUCUCUCCGCUAUCAGUCACAUGACCUCUGCGUGGGUCGAUCAUGUGACACGACUCGUCGGAUGUCCUUAUAAGGAAGGUGUUGAGGGUGAUGCCCAUUAUAGCUUGGCGAAGUACCUAAUUGAGUUAUUGGAUAGUGGAAUUGAGGCAGAGUCUGGAAAAGAGGCAGAGAAAUGGGGCGUGUCUGUUGGAGGCGUGUCGCCUGAAAUGUUCGCAUGUUCUUUUAGUGAUACUGAGAUGAGAGAGGAGCUGCUGGUUGAUUGCUGUGUUAAUGUGCUGUACGCUGGAAGGGGCGGGAAAAGAGGCGGAGUCAAUGAUGUACAUGUACAUGUAUUAUCGACUGAGUCAGUUCGGAAGAUGUUAAUGGAAAUUUGUCAAGCAAACUCGAAAUUACUACCUGCAAUCCUGAACCAACUCUCCAUCCAUCAUCAUGACACUGACUUCACUUACAUCUCCACUCAGCUACAUUCCUCUCUUCUCCCCACCUCCUCCUCCCUCACCAACCCUCACUACUCCUCCUUCCUCCACUCUCUCUUCCUCUCUCCCUCUCUCUCCUCCCAGUCCCUCCUCUUCACUGAUAUCAUUCACUGGUUGGUUGAUCUGUUAUCAGUGAGGGAGGGAGGAGAGGGUGAGAGUGUGGCUGGCCCUGUGGAUAAAAGGAGGGAGAAGUUCCAGCUGUUGAAACUGUUUUCAUUAAUGAACUCAAAAUCAAUUUCUUUAUGUCUCGAUGAAAUGGACAGGCUGUUAUCAUAUUUAUUAAAAUGGCUAUUGAAAGCAACAGAUAUUGAGUUGUGUGUAUCAGUAGUGAGCACUUAUCGGCAUCUUGUUGACUGUUAUUCCUCUUCUAACGAUAUUAAUAAAUAUUUAAAUAAUGCAGCUGGUAUCAUAAUGGACUCUGUCAAUAAUAAUAAUGAUAAUAAUAAUAGUGAUAUAACAAAUGUAUUGUUUCAUGGUGUUGUAUUCCAGUGUCUCCAUUCUUCUCUUCUCUCCUCAUCAUGGACACUCUUCCAACCUACCCUGGACAAAGCAAUGAAAGAUAAAACUAAUUACAUCACACCUCAGUUGCUGCUCCAGUGUUGCCAUGGCGACCUCUACUUCUCCCCCUCUCUCUCUCCUCUCUCUCUCACUUCCUCCCUCCCUCUCUCCCUCUCUCUCUCUCUCCUCCCUUCUCUCGGCUCAUGUGAUCUUCCCUCUCUACAGCAUCUCGUUGGAGAAGGGCUGGAUGGAUACCCAUUGGUUGAUGUGUUGUUGCUAUGGUUACCAGAAGGUGGUCGUGGUGAGGGGGAGGUUAAUGAGGAGGUGUGGUUAAUGGGUGUGGUCACAUCUUUAUUGAGCAUCGUGAUUUUAGAAUCUUUUGAGGAAUCUUUAUUAUCUUCUCUUAUACUGCCUGUAGUUAGAUCUUCAUUGAAGUCGCUAGUUCAAUCAAGAAAGUGUUCGGCUUUACCAACAAUCCAAUCAUUAUUGAAAAGAUGUUCUGAUCAGUUCAUUUCUCUUCUCUCCCUCUCUCAUUUAUUGGAACAUUAUAAGCCAGAGCUGGAGGAAGAGAAUGUACCAGAAGAUUCAAAAAGAGAAGAAGGAGGAGGAGAAGUGAAGAGUUAUAAAGAUGAUUCUAUCAUUCAGUUGAUAUUGGAAGAGUCUGAUGCCACUCUAUGGACUGUACUAGCUCCCAUUAAGAAUAAACUUGAUAUACCACUGAUAGUUAGUGAAGAUCCUUGUCAAGUCUGCUCAUUGCUAUACAUUACAUCACCCAACACUGUACAGUACAAUGAGUCUAUCAAUACUGUACUGAGCUCUAUAGUACAGUAUCAGGAUCAGCUCAACCUGUUUGGAGGAGGGAAUUUGCUGGAGGUGUCCCGUGAUCCAAUGGUAUUCUCAGUGCUACGAUUAUUAGUGGGUGUGGUCUCAUCACACGAGUCUAUUUCACAAUACUGGGACUUCCUUUCUUGUACUCUUGUAACUAUUGUUCAAUUACUUGUCGAUUGUUCGGAUCCAGUUUCAUUAGAGGGUGUGGUUUUAUGUUGCCAUGGGUUACAGCUAUUGGAAUCGCUCCAGACUAUUUUUAGUAACAAGAGUCCUGCCCACCUCAUUAACGAGCACAGUGAGUGGGUGGAGUUUUUUAGUCACAGUAUUGUGGAUCUACUGCUACCGAUAUUCAUCAAAUAUUUGACCACACCCCCUAGUUACGAGAGCCGGUUGCUAAGGUAUCAUACGUGUCGUAUUUUGGACUUACUAGCUACUGGUCCUUCAAUCGAAAAGUGGGAGGAGCUUGUUGUUAUGGUGACGAGAUCUCCACUUUACUUUGAUCAGCUAGUGGCAUGUAAAUUGACAAGAAGGAGCCUAUUAUUAGUGAGAAUAGUGACUGAGGAGGAGGAGAAGCUAAAAAAAGAAUCAAAACAAAUUAGUGUUUCUUCAUUUCAAAGUGUCAUUGAUUCAAUACUUGAAAAAAUUGAUCUAAACUUGAUCUACAACGACCACCACGACAUUGUCCAUACCACAAGCUACGUGUUGCUAUGGCUACUGAUAAUAGAAACAAUAGGGAAGUGUCACUUGGAGGUACGAGUCCAGUUAAUUGAUUGGGUGAAGGGGUGUGGCCUGCUUUUUCCUCUAUUACAAGGUAUAACACAGUUCUGUGAUUCAACUGUGACUACUAACAUGAACAUUGAAUCAAUUAAAGUAUCAAUGGAGUCCUCAUUAUCAUUAUUAUCCAAUUGCCUGUACAUGUCUGUUGCCCAGUACAUUCCUCAUUUAUUAAGACAAUGGUACUUAACACUGGAUAGACAAACAAGCAAUUUAAUAAGCAGUUUUACAGCUAAACAUGUAAGUCAGAGGUUAUGGAGGCAAGAGGUUGAGAGCAUGUCCUCAAAUACUAAAAUAGGAAACCUUGAGGUGAGGGUCUGUGGUGGUGUUAGUGAGAUUAAUGUGGUAUACAGGGUAGAUGAGUUCAGUAUAGAACUGACUGUGUGUAUACCUGAUAACUAUCCAUUGUCACCUCCAACCAUUAAAGAAGGGAAGAGAGCUAAGGUUGAUCUCUCUUUGUGGAGGAAAUGGCUACUACAACUUAGCUCAUUUGUUGCUAAUCAAAAUGGUUCUAUAUUGGAAGGAUUAUUAUUAUGGAAGAGUAAUCUUGAUAAACAUUUUGCUGGUUUGGAUGACUGCAUGAUAUGCUUCAGUAUCAUUCAUGGAUCUAAUUAUUCACUACCUAAAAUGAUAUGUAGAACUUGCAAGAAGAGAUUCCAUUCAUCAUGUCUGUAUAAAUGGUUCAGUACUAGUAACAAGAGCAGUUGUCCUCUCUGCAGGAACAUUUUCUAAUUUAUUUUUGUGUGUAAAAUUUUAAUUUUAUUUAUUUAAUAUCAGCAAAAUUAAAA